CAGCCCAUGUCCAGGGCUCUGGGUACCUGUCGUCGCUCUUGUUUUUCUGCUUUUUGCCCAUGGUUGCAACCGCCUCUCCGAGGCUGGCUCGCUCGUUCGCUCGCCUUGCGCAGGGCCCAGCCAGCCGCUUCCACACGCGAGAGGGCACAUAUGGUGAGAGGCCAACGCGAACCCUCCACUCGGCAGCGGACGACGAUGCACGCAGGCGCUUCACCUCUGGCCCCCGGCACGCGGCAGGCGGGCAAUCAGCGCUGAGGAAAAAAAGCAGGUUGCCUGGCCGGGAGCUUCCGGCUGCUGCGACCGCCUCCUCUGGACGGAGGAUGAACUGCAGCCAUACGCCUGAAUUGGGCCCGUAUUCAAGAUGAGUUUGAACGUGGGACUGGGGCACACCUGUCCCUUGAACGACCGGGGAGGACCGAGAGCGCUCAGCAGUGGAAAGGCCCCAUUAAUGCGCCACCCUCCGCUGAGGGCCAUCCAGAGGUUUAAUGUGUCUGCUGCUAACUUAAAAAGAAAAUGAAUGCAGAUACCUCUGUUUUUUCGCAAGCCGUGGAAGCUUCAAUGCUUCAGACAACUAAGAUUGUAGAAGAAGAGCUUGAUGCUGAAAUACAAAAAUUGGACCAGAUGGAUGAAGAUGAACUGGAACUUCUCAAACGAAGAAGGCUUGAAGCACUCAAGAAAGCUCAGCAACAAAAACAGGAAUGGCUUUCAAAAGGACAUGGAGAAUACCUAGAAAUCCCCAGUGAGCGAGAUUUUUUUCAAGAGGUGAAAGGGAGCAAAAAUGUGGUCUGUCAUUUUUAUAGAGAUUCAACCCUCAGAUGCGUGAUAUUAGAUAAGCAUUUAACAAUACUUGCAAAAAAGCAUAUUGAGACUAGGUUUAUCAAGUUAAAUGCUGAAAAAUCACCAUUUCUUUGUGAGAGACUUCGCAUCAAGAUAAUUCCCACAUUAGCACUAUUAAAAGAUGGAAAAACUCAAGAUUAUGUGGUUGGGUUUACUGAUCUUGGCAACACAGAUGAAUUCACCACAGAGACUUUAGAAUGGAGAUUAGGUUGCGCAGAUAUCAUCAAUUACAGUGGCAACUUAAUGGAGCCUCCUUUCCAAAGCCAAAAGAAGCCUGGAACCUUUUUCACAAAAUUGGAUAAGAAAACAAUCAGAGGAAAGAAAUAUGAUUCAGAUUCUGAUGAUGAUUAGAAUUCAUGAUACAAAUAUUUGUAAACCAUUUUUCUUUUAUGUUUGAUACAUUUUUAGGAAUGUUUUAUUUAGCUGUUUGCUUUCGGAACAUUUGCACAUGACACUCAUUUUCUAACAUUUUUAUAGAGCUCAUGAAAGGAAAUCUUAAAUAUUUCUUCCUCUUAAGAAAUAAUUUCUUAGUAAAGAAAUUUGAACACUUUUCAAUUGUGUAAUAUGAUAGAUGACUUUCAACAUUUUCUUAAUUUAACAAUAGCUCUCUUAAACAGCAUCUUAAAAUUUAUACCAUUCACCAUUAAGGUAUUAAUGAAAGACUUCUGUCAAGAAUUGUUAUUUAAACUAUUCUUGAAGUAGUGCAUUAAUAAAAGUCAUUCUUAUAA